GGCUGCUCUCUGAUUGGUCCGUCAUUCAGCGCGUCUCUUCCUCAUCAGUGAGUCCGUCGGUAGAGGCUGUGUAUGCUGAGGCUGCUGUUCGUGCCUUGUCAACGCUCCUUUUACCACAGGAUGACAACUCUUUCACAGACAAAAGAACUCUUCAGGAGGGCAGAAGCUGUCUGUUUUGAUGUGGACAGCACAGUCAUCAAAGAAGAAGGCAUCGAUGAGCUCGCCAAGUUCUGUGGUGUGGGGGAUGCAGUCACUGAAAUGACUCGCAAAGCAAUGGGCGGCUCAGUGACAUUUAAAAAGGCCCUGACUGAGCGUCUUUCCAUCAUCCGAUGCUCCAGAGAACAAGUAAACAAACUGAUAACAGACCACCCACCUCAGCUGACUCCAGGUGUUAGGGAGCUUGUGGACAGUCUGCACCAGCGCAAUGUCAAGGUGUUCCUCAUUUCAGGUGGUUUCCGCUGCAUUGUUGAGCAUGUGGCCACACAGCUAAACAUACCUCUGCAUCACGUCUACGCCAACCGACUCAAGUUCUACUUCAACGGAGAGUAUGCUGGUUUUGAUGAGAGUCAGCCCACAGCUGAGAGCGGCGGAAAAGGAAAAGUCAUCAGCAUGUUGAAGGAACAACACGGUUUCAAGACUGUGGUGAUGAUUGGAGACGGAGCCACUGAUCUAGAGGCCUGCCCUCCAGCUAAUGCUUUCGUUGGAUUUGGAGGGAACGUCGUCAGGCCGCAGGUUAAGGAGAGGUGUUCAUGGUACGUCACCAGCUUUGGGGAGCUAUUAAAGGAGCUGGAGAAGAUUUAGAGAUGCUGAAAGACUACUGUUGCUAAUUUAACAUUUUAUAUUUGCACCUAAGGGUGUGUCACUGAUGCUUAUAUCCAGUGCACGUUUCCUUAGACUCUAGUAGAUUUUUAUAAUAAAUAAAAAUGUUUACACUAAUGAGACCAAUUUUACCUUAAUAGGGACGGUGCCCUAUUGGUUUUUAUACUAGAACAGACUAAAUAAUAUAACUGAACACUGUCAGUGUGAAGGAAAUUCAGAUUUUAGUGUUUUUGCACUUUUUACAUCAAAGCCUUUAGCAAAGCUAAUACAAACCCUAGAUAUUAUGGCACCUGCACUGAGCUGGAGGAAUGUUGUGAAUCUGUUCUGUAAGAGCUGUGGUGACUUCAGUCCAUCAAAGAUGAGCACAUGCUGUCAAGGAUGUUUGGACGGCUUUAAUCUGUGUUGAUGUUCUUGCUCCCCUCUUUACACGGUUCCUGCUGAAUAAAAAGAUAAGAUAAACAUG